UAUCUGAUAUGAAUCAUUACUAACAAAGUUAGUUGAUGGCCACAAAAGGAAUACAGCGAAACCGUGCACCUUGCUUUGCUUUUAUGGCAGUAAUUUUUGAGUUCAAACGGUGCGCAACGGUCGUACAUAUAAUUCGAUUGAAGGUCGCGAGGAGGCGCGACAAUCGCGUGAAGUACAAGAUCCAGCAAAACAUUAACAUCAAAAACCUCUGUAGCGCAGGUCCGCAACGUUGUUUCCGUUGAACGGACGAAAUUGUAGCUACAGUGAGUGUUUGUUGUGUGAGAAAUCUACAUUGUUUAAUGUUGUGUGUGUCAAGUGUAUAACAUGAUUGUUACGAACUAUUAAUGAAUCCCUAUUGUUACCAACUCAAAUAAUAAACAAAUACAUGAACUAAUUAUAUCAAACAAUAGUAUCGAAAACCAUCGUGGAAAGAUUGAUAUAUGUGACGUGCGUCGAAGGACAUCAUCAUCGAAUAGAAAAACACAUUGAAGGAGUAGAACGCAUACGACAAAUGUCGAAUCGUAAUGAACUGCGCAACGACAUAGGUGUGGCGCGUAAAAGAGAGAGCGUACAUACACGUAUACGUAGGCAUACGUGCAAUACGAGCUCCCUUGGAAUGAAUGUAACCAAGAAUUGGAUUAACUUUCCCCAGUUACAUUUACGUUUAAGAAACCGAUCGAUUCUUUCAAUGCGGUAUCAGCUAUAAUAAUCUGAUCCUACUAAGUUAAUCGUCUCUGCACUAUAUCGCCGAGUUACAUUGGUAUUUAAGAUCAAGAUAAAUCCUGUACUGAUCUCGGUGAAGUAAAUAUCACUGUUGGUAUUGAAAACACACCGUGUGGGUGCGUGUGCGUGAGCGUACUCGUGCCCGUGCCCGUGCCCGUGCCUGCGCCUAUGCGUCUCCGUUCGCCAAGUUGUGGUGAUCUUCGUAGAGGUGGCGGCGGCGGUGGUGGAGACAGUGAAGGUGGUGGCGGCGGCGGCGGCGGCGGCGGCGGCGACGACGACGACGGUGGCAGCGGCAGCAGCGGUGGCGACAGUGAAGGAGACGGUGGAGGUGGUGGUGGUGGCGGCGGCGGUGGUGUCCGCGACAACGUUUGGAGGGAGAGAUUUCGUACGUCGUGACUGAGUGAGUGAGUGAGUUGGUGCGUGUGCGUGCUACCGCGCGUAUACGCUCUCUCUCAUUCUUGAGAUCGUUCGCGUGUGUGUUGUGUAUGUAUGUGUAUAUUAUAUAUAUAUAUAUAUUGUCGCGCGCGCGCAUUAACGGAAUUCACGAUCAGCACGCAGGGACUCUCAACAAAUGUUUAAAUGGACGCAUCGUCCAUUAUCACCCAAGUGUCGCGGGAUGACGAGCUAGGCCAAUUUAAUAAUGGGAAAGCUCAGUUACCACAAGAGAAUGAAGUGAACAGCACCGGUUCAGCCAGUGGCAAAAAGCCAAGAGGGCGUGGGCUUCUGCGAUCUCUACUUUGUUGCCUCGGUAGAGGACGUGGAAGUAGUUCUAAAAGUUCAAAGACAAGCUCGUUACAAGGCGAUGGACAUGGUUCUCCAUCCCUAAGGACUGGAUCCCCAAGGUUCCUUCUCCCACCUGUCAGACAUCAGGAUAUGCACAAGAAGUGCAUGGUGAUUGAUUUGGAUGAAACACUAGUGCAUAGUUCCUUCAAACCAAUCAACAAUGCCGAUUUUGUUGUUCCUGUAGAGAUUGAUGGGACAGUGCAUCAAGUGUAUGUUUUAAAGAGGCCUUAUGUGGAUGAAUUCUUACAGAGAAUGGGUGAACUGUACGAGUGUGUAUUGUUCACAGCAAGUUUGGCUAAGUAUGCUGAUCCAGUAGCAGAUCUGCUUGACAGAUGGGGAGUGUUUAGAGCAAGACUGUUUAGAGAAUCUUGUGUUUAUCACAGAGGAAAUUAUGUUAAAGAUUUAAAUAAACUAGGGCGGGAUUUACAGCAAAUUAUUAUUGUUGAUAAUAGCCCCGCCAGUUACAUUUUCCAUCCAGAUAAUGCAGUACCAGUGGCAUCAUGGUUUGAUGAUAUGACAGAUUCAGAAUUAUUAGAUCUAAUUCCAUUUUUCGAGAAGCUCAGUAAUGUGGAAAAUAUUUAUACAGUCUUGUGCAAUAGUAAUCAUCCUUAUAAUCAAGUACCUCCAGCUGUACAAAAUAGUCCAAGCCCAGGGUCAGGUUCACUUGGUGCUUCCUAGCCCUACCUAAAUUCUGGCCAAGUAGCCAGUAUUAUCAUCGCUCAAUGCACUCUGAGGAGAACUUUGAUUGGAAUAUUCCACAUUGCUUGCUUGUUAUGUAGCAAUGGACAACCAGGUAUGACCCACUAAGUGUUGGGUGUAUAAUGUAAGCAUACCUAUCAAAGAGUCAUCCAAAAGGAGGUGAAAAUUCUAAACCCUCCUGUAUUCAUUUUGACACAACAUGAAUCACAACUGCUUUAUCAUUGGCUUCAGUUCUUUUUCCUAAGAAAUAAUAAUAUGAUAUAACUGCUCACAGUAUAUCAGGUACAAUGAACUGAUUGUAUUUAUCUAAUUAUUAAGGUAUUUGAUGAAGGAUUAAAAAGUAGCUCAAUUGGUCAUAAACAAAUAACUCUUCCAAUCACAUUGACAUGGAAUAGAUUUCGAAUACAACUUAUUGGUUGCAUAAUGAAUUAAUGCGAGUUUCCGUGUUUGAUGUACUUGAGAAAAGGAGCAAAUGAUAAUGAUAACAAUGAAUGUAAAAAGUGAAUAUGCAUUUGAAAUCGAAUAAGUACAUGUACGUGAUUUAAAUUCAUGCAGAGUAUAUACAAAAUUAUUUGCACGAGAGAAUAAAUCAAAGUGUAGUAUUAAGUAACACUGAGAGAAAAAAAAAAUAGAUUACUUAAGAGUCUUUUGAUGGGCCGUUAUAAUUUUUCCCUCUGUAUAUUCCGAUUAUUUACCGUAGUUUUGCAUUGCUUUUAACCAUGUUAUGUGUGAAACUUCAAUAAGUAUUUCUUAUAUAAUCAUAAAUAUUGUGCAAAGAAAUAAUUAAUUUUUAUACAAAUUUUAUGAGGCUGAUAAUUCCAAAUAGUUACGAAAAAUGAAAUUAAAUCAUGAAAUUUUCUUACCUUUAUAAUUAGAAUUUGUUAGAAUUCAUUGAAAAUUUGUGUGUUUGAUUUUGCUUGAUCAAACAUAUAUUUUAUAAAUGAGGUUGAGAUAUAAAUCGGAAAUUUGGGGAAAUGAUGCAAAUAUAAAAAAAAUUAUGUUUUAAUAAUUGGGUUGAAUGAAAAGUACAGAGAAAGAAAGAAUAUAUAUUGUUUUUAUUAUUUUCAUGCUAUUUUAAUUUCAUUCCAAAGAAUAAUUAAAAAAAACAAUGCAAUGGGAAUUGUAUAAGAUAAAAAAUCAAUAUAUAUUUGAAACAUUAGGUCAAUGCAUAUCAUUCUUUCCCUCCAGGCAGUUAUGUGAAUAAUGGAACAUUAUGUUAAUCAUUACAAUAUCAUUAACAAAUUAAAAUCAUUUAGAUGUAGUCCAUAAAGGAUGAAUAAGCAAACAAAUGUAUAUUUACACAUGUAAAUAUAUUUACUAACAGAUAGUCGUCAAUUUUGUACGCUUAAUUCGUGCGUAAGAAAUGUAUAGCUAGCGUUAUACUUUCAUAUCCAAUCAAACUGUCGUUACUUAUACUUUUUUAUUUUAUUCGUAUCGUUGCUAAUAUAUUUGUCAGUAUGAAUGAUGCAGUAAAUCAAAUUUUAUUGUACUGCCGUCAUUAACUUAAUUUCAAAUAUCAGACUACUAAGGAUACUAUACGUCGGUCGCAUUAUUGAAUUUUUGGGAAAAAAUUUUUACAGAAGAGAACAGGCAGUCAACUAGAUACAGUUUUAUAAUGCCUGUUAAAUAAUUUUCUGAUCAUACAUGUUACUCACGUCUUAACGUUCAUCCUAUUCAAUAUCGAUGUAUUUUCAUCAUCUAUUUUACAUAACAUAACACAAAAAUCUGAAAAUUAACUUACUGUCUUUCUUCUGAAAUUUUAAUGUUUUUAAAAUUUAAAAAUAAAGAAGAUACGACAUUAAUAAAUAGAAACCAAAUUUUUAAUCCAUCUUUUAUUAAAACGAAUUAAUUGUAAAGAAAUUUUAUAAAUUUUAGAAUAAAUCGUUGUUAUUUUUAAAUAAUCAUUCAAUAAAGUUUAACAAUAUUAUAUAUAGUUUGGAGGUAGUUUUUUUUAAUUUUAGUCUAUAUAUUAUUAUUAUCUGAUAUUACGUCGCUAUUUAUCAUUGAAAAAAAGUAAGCCAUCAGUGUUGUAGGUUUUUAUUUCAUUAAAAAAGGGCUAGGGUAUACAGAGAUAAGAAUAUUAUACAACAAGUUAUACAUAUUGCAUAAUAUUAAAUGGCUUCCAACUAUAUAUUUUAUCAGUUUUUUGUUUUAUAUGGCAGUGUUUUAAACGGAUCAGUAUCAUUCACAACUAGAUCUUACUUUUAACCCAACUGGUAUAACAGUGCAUAGUGUACUAAAAAUCCGAAUAAGCAAGAACUAAGAAAUCGAUUUUCAUAGCUAUAAUAUUUUUAUGUAAAAAUGAUAUUAAUACUAUUUAAUCCAAAAUACGCGAACUUACUUCUCAGCAUUGUAUAUAAAUGUUGAAUGUUUAUAUCUAAACCUUAACUUGUUAGCCGUAUUUUUAUGUUCAUUAUUACUCGUAUUUAAGAAGUAACAGCAUGCUAUGGAACAUUUGUACUUAUUGUUAGUAAACGUACCUCGCCUUCUUCUGAUUUAACUGUUUUCAAAAUAUAGAAUUAUGCAAUAACCAUAUAUCUUUACUUCAAUCUUGAUUUAUAUGUGUAUGCUUUUCACAAACUCGACGAAUUCAUUAAAAGAAAAAGAAAUCGAAAGUUAUACAAAACGUUCGUUAGCUCUUAAAAUUUCUCGAAAACGCAAUCGACUUGAGAGAUUACAUAAGUAACGAUAUUUACCGUACACUUUUACAAAAGUAUGUCAAUAAGUGUGAUUGUUUCCACUUGUACAGUGCCCAUCGAAAUGACUCUACUAAUUAUAGUGCACCUUUUCGGGAAGUGCAUACAAAAAACACGGAGAAUAUGCCACCCACACAAGGAAAUUUUAUAUGUAUAUUCCAAAUUGAACACAAUGUCUUUUAUAAUGUUCUCGUGUACUGUCUGAAAGCAGUCAUAAAUUUAAGAUACGAUAUAUAAGCGAUUACAAUGCGACAUAUACAGUCAUGUGGCAAAAUCCUAAGAAACAGAAAAUAUUUCUAAAUUCUACGGUCUUCUCCUUUUUUUUUUUUUUUUACCAUUAUUAUUUAUUAUUAUUUCGUUCUCUUUUAAUCUCAGAAAUCUUUCAUCUCUAAUGAUUUUUAUCAUAAUCAAAUUCAAGUACAGAAACUGUCAUCGUAAUGUAAAGCUUCAUCGGUUUGAUGGAAGAUCGGGAGGAUGUGUGAAGAAGCAAAGUUAAUGUUGCAUCCGACGAAGACCACGUUCCUUAUCGGAUCUAACAUUAAACACACGAAAUAUCAUACAUCAAACAUCCUUAAGCAUCCAUCAUGUCGUGCUUCCGUGAUUAAUUAAUAUUAACAAUCUAGUAUAUUGCUUUUAUGGAAUGUAAACCCGUUGGAUGCUCUAGACGAGUAUCCAUAGUAUUUCAUAAUAUAAUAAGUGCGUAUCUUUUGUCGUGUUUCGUUUUUCCAAGCAUUUUGUUUUGUUUUCUUUUUUAAUUAUUAUUAUUAUGACUAUUAUUAUUAUAAUUAUUAUUAUUAUUAUUAUUAUUAUUAUUAUGGAGUUGUAACAUGAUUGUAGAGACGCUAUAAAAUAACAUUGAGGAUGAUGGCUUUCGUCUGCUACCAGUUGAGCGACAGAGAGAGAGAAAGAGGGAGAGAAAGAAUACAGUACAUUUAGAUUUAUUAUAAAAGCAAAAAAAAAAAAUGCGCCGAGAAAACUGUUAGCGCGAGAAAGGUGUAGCGAAAACGAUCGUGAUACGUAAUUAUAUAUAUAUAAAUAUUUAGGUAGACCAAUUAAUUUUUAAUGCGCGAUACUUUCGUACAGCGACGCAACGGUGUCUUCGAAUUCGUAGCUCUUCGCCGCUGUAAUCUGACAUAUAUACAUAUAUACAUAUACAUACAUAUAUAUAUAUAUAUAUA